AAAGUUCGGAAGAUUGAGAGCAGGGGUUGAAUAAGACUUAAAGGAAUCAGAGGCCAUGGAAAAUAUGUUUUCAUGGUUGCUCUGCUUCUUCAUCCUCUGCGGUGUUCUUUGCUUGCUUGGGUACCAGCUAAUAUGCUUGGCAGACUUGGAGACCGAUUACAUCAACCAUUACGACACUGCACCUAGGAUAAACGUGGUCAUAUUACCGGAGUUCAUCUCGCAGGGAGUCUUGUGCCUCUUGUACGCCCUGAGCGGCCAGUGGUUUAUCUUGCUCAUGUCUAUCCCCUACCUCUGUUACAACAUCAGAUCGUACAUGCGAAACAGAUACUUGAUAGAUGUCACAGAAAUAUAUAACAAUAUCGGCCGGGAAAAGACGCGACGGCUCUUUAAGCUCUACUAUCUCAUCUCCCUCAUGCUUCUCUCCAUUGGCUGGGUAAUAUAUACACAUGCCGAUCAUCCUUUCGAUUAAGGUGCUCACAUACUUCGCUGCAUUCAAAUAUCGGAUGAACUGGAUCGUGGAAUGUGGUGGCGAGAGGGGUUAAAUCCAAUGGAUUUGUGGCAGUGAAAUCAGGGAGGGAAUCCAAGUUGACGGUGACUGCCUAAUUGGACUCUUCGAUACUCCAGUCUAUCCUAGAGGGGGGAGUAGAUAAAAUAGAGAGAUGAGAUGGUAUUAUGCCUACCUACUCGAUUUGAUAAUAGGACACACUUGUAGUUCUAGGAGGUAGCUUUGGACUCAAUAUUAUUUCAUGAUCUGACCAAGCAAGUAUAUUGUGAUCCUGCUUCUUUAUCGCUGAGCAAAGACCUCUUCUUUUUU